AUAUAAUUUAGUCACAUAGUACUACCAUUUACCUUGAAACUACACCUGCAAAUCUGAACUACUAAGAAAGAUAACGACAAUGGACUCGCCCUGGCACCUCCUCCCCCCAGACCUGCUGGAGCUGCAAAUCGGCCAAAUCGACCUCCUCCUCGCCAUGUACCCAGACGACCUCACCCUCUCUGACGCCGCACAGUCCACCCUCUCCAUCCUACGCAAUGGCGAUGCAGAAAAAAGCCAAGAAGCCAUGACGUCCAACCCAAGUAUCUCAGCUACUCUCGACCUCUCCAUUUCUCCCCCGGAAACAACUCCACCAGCGAGUCGGCAAACCCUCCGCUUACACCUCACCAUCCCAUUUUCCCACCAAGGCGCCACCACCCCGACGGACCCCCCAGCAGUUAAAGUGCGAGUCCAACAACCAACCUGGCUGAACAAAGCCGAAACCCAAUCCCUCACAUCAUGCCUCCCAAACCCAGACGACCUCCUCGACACUCUAGAUUUCAUCCUCGAAAAAGCCCUGGCGCACCUCUCUUCCCCACUCCCUUCCCUCCCUUCACACUCCCCACUAUCAUCCGAACCGUUGGUACGCGCCUGGUUCCUCUUCCCCUCAAUAAGCACGCGCUCAAAGCGCCUCGACCUCACUACUCACGCCCCGCGCUACUCCCUGACGGGCUUCCUGUUCGCGGGCAAACCGGGUUUACUCUGCGUCGAAGGCACGUCUUCUAACAUAGAUGCUUACAUGCGGUUUAUCAAGACGGAGUCUUGGGGGGAUAUUCCGGCGUAUCAGAAGAAGGUCAGUGAGCGGUGGAGGGAGGUUGGUGUGGAAGGGAGGGUGUUUGAGGGGAUGGAGGAGAUUACGGAUGCGGUGGGGGAGAGGAGGGGGGAGAGGGGGAUGAGGGGGGAUAUGGGGGGGUUGGAGGAGUGGUUGGUUGGACGGGGUGUGGGCGAGGGUUUUGCGAGGGUUUUGAUGUAG